GAUACGAUAGCGGAACCAGCGCCACCUUCAACUUAGUUAGUUGAAGGUGGCGCGUGGUGGCGCUGGCGGAACAUAAGCCUGCUUUUAUUUUAGUUUUGUCAAAAAUCAAAAACUGUCAUAGUUUGUGGUUAUGUUUGUUACAGUGCUUAUUUGUGAUGUUUAUUUUGAAUCGUAACUUUAUCUCUUUGAUGAAAAAGAAAAACGAGAAAAAUAAGCAUAGAUUUACGAUUUGCUUAAUAGCACUUCAUAAAUAUGUUGGAUUCAAAAAAGAUCUCUUCCAAGGAUUUUCAGAAUAGUUGUCGUUUUUGCUUAGAGCAAAAGAAUCCAUUAACAGACAUACCUGCCAAAUCACUGGAAAUUUUAGAGCAUAUUCUGGAGGUUAAGUUCACAGAUGAUGAGCAUUUGCCCACCAAAGCUUGUGAGGAUUGUGCCAAAGAGAUGGAAUCUUGUAGCCAGUUUAUUGAAAAAUGUAAAAACAGUUACUCUGCACUUUUGGCAGCUGUAGAAGAGGGACAUGAUAAACUUAACUAUCAAAGUAGCAUUGAUGAUACAGAGGAACAUAAUUAUGAUUGUGAAGAGAAAGGUAAUGAAGCCAAAGCUCAAGCUGCACAUAGCUCAACUGAGAAAUAUAGAAACAUUAUUGUUGAUGAAGAUUUGUACAGAUCAGAUUAUCAAAAGAAAAAUGAUAAAAUCAUAGUUGAAAGAGCUAUGCAUUACUCAAUUGAUGAAGUCGCAGAGAUUGAAUUCAUACAAUGCAAGGAAGUUUUCUCAACUGAUAAACAGUGGCUCAGUACCUUAGCCAAGCACAAAGUGCCUCAUAGCAAUAAACCUAUUAUUAGAGAACAAACAAAAAGUUCACAGGAAAACAAGAAAAGCAUAAAAAAUUUCUACAAAAAAAUAAAGGAUGAGAAUGGAAAAUUAAAAUUCCAAUGUACUCUGUGCAACCGAGUAUUGAACACACAUUCAGCAGCAUUAAGCCACAUGAAUAUUCACACUGGUGAAAAACCAUUCACAUGUGAAUUUUGUGGAAAGAAGUUUACAUCAAUAAGCAGUGUCAACAUACAUAAACGACAACAUACAGGAGAAACACCCUAUAAAUGUAGAGUAUGUAAUAGAGGCUUUAGAAGCUCCUCUAAUCGUAAAAAGCAUGAAGAUGUUCACCAUUUUAUUAUGAAAGAUGUGGACACUGAUACAGAAAGCCAUGACAUUGGUAACAAUGCAGAUUCUGAUAUUGAUAAAGUGGAAUGUGAUAUUUGCAAGAAGAAAAUAAAUAAACAUGGCUUUGGAGUCCACAGAAAGUCUCAUCUGAAUGAAAAGAAGCAAUUUAUUUGCACCUAUUGUAAUAAAGAAUUCCAGAAAAAUUCACACCUGGAACGACAUUUGAGGAUACAUACAGGUGGACAUUCUCGUGAUUCCGUAUGCCAAAAGAGGCCUUCAAGUGUAUUUCUCUCCUUUAUAGUUACUAUUAUUGCAAAGAUGUCAGCCAUUGUGUCGUGUUAAAGGCAUUCUUAACGUCAAAAACAACCAUAACGCAAAGCUUCUUACUACAAGUGGUGCCGCUAUCCGCUACUUUCGCCAGCCGUGGCAUGGUUCAUCUACAGCAGACUUCCCCUUUCUGAAACCAUAUUGCGAGGAAGACAGCCUUCUUUAGAAAACGUGUAUAUCAUAGCUACGACUUCUAUCUGAGCGACAGCUUACGUGGAGUAUUUAAAUUAUCUUAAAAAAAAUCAAUAUUACGAGGUUUUCCGAAGCGGUAAUCCAUCCAUAUAAUAGCCGCUCCCGAUCCCCGACUUUGGUAUCUGGGCAACCGGACCUGACAGACCUACUGACUUCCAAGACUUUAACCAAGAGUCCUACGGACCGUUCUGACAGACAAUGAUGAAUAGAAGAAGCCGCUCUUGAUGAUGAUUAACUUCGCCGAUUAGAUGAGCUGGCAUUAUAACACAAUGUGGCAUUGUUGUGUCAAAUCUUUUGUUCACAAACUAGUUCCUAGAACUGAUUCGUUUUAGCGAAUACGACGUAUCGAACUUGUUCGCCGAAAUGAAUUAGAAACAUAUUAGACCUGGGUAACCAAGUGGUUGGCGCGUCGAGCUAUUAACCGGUCGAUCCGAGGCAGGCAUCUUCGCCUCUGAAGCUAAUUCCGAACCAUGGAUGUUGUGUUGUUUCUAUCACGCUCCAGAUCUGUGCAAGAUCAACAUAGGUACAUCGCAUCGUUGGAGCUGCUUUUUUUUCAAUAAUCAUUUACCACUAGCUGGUUUGUGGUACUACUGUAGUGUUCGUACCAUGGGGUCGCGAAAAAGGAACAAAAAUGGACUAGCCCAGGCUUCAUCGCUCAACUACUAUGUAUAUAAAGUAUGUUUUAUCUAUACAAGGUAGUCAUUUUUUACAGGAGAAAAACGAUAUACCUGCGAAGUAUGUAAAAAGUCGUUCUACCAAGCAGCUGAUCUAAAACGUCAUUUCGUCAAGCAUACUGGUUUGAAGCAGUUUCAGUGCCAACAUUGUGGCAAGCAGUUUUGCACAAGGAGCGGCUUAGAGAAACACGCUCACCAACAUUUAGAUGAGACGAGUACUAGUGUUAAACAGAAAAGCUUUUUAUGUAUGAUUUGCGGUAAGGGUUUCACAGCAAAUACAUCACUCAAAGUACACAAGAGAAGGCACACCGGCGAGACCCCUCACGAAUGUCAGUUUUGUAGUAAAGCCUUCACGGAUAAGACUAGUUUGACACAGCAUACGAUGAGGUACCAUACUGGAGAAAAACCAUUUGCCUGUAUGAUUUGCGAUAGAAAAUUUUAUGAUUCAACGAAUUAUAAGAAGCAUAUGAAGAAAGAACACUGUGUCGUCGAUCCUAAAGGGAAUGCUGAAGUAACCAGAGUAGAAGAGAACUGAUCGAUAAUAAAUGAUUUUUUUGCUUUUAGAAUAUUUCUAUUAUAAAAAACAAAUACUUAUCUUCCGACUCUUAUAAGUGCCAGCUGGCACACAGGAAACCGAUUUGUAAGUCAGUGCCGUCGGCUCUUAGAAGAGCCACAAAAAAUCCUCUAAUUAAAAAAACAUUUUACGAAAAAACUCAAUAACUGAUUUUACAAAGUUAUACUACCAAAAUAACAAAUUAACCAUUAUACAACUAAUUGGCUCCUGGGUAAAACCAUCCUAAAAAGGUGGCAGUCAACGUGUUAAUGUCGCCUCACGUGUUAAUUAGUCUAUGGUCACCUUAGACAUCCAUCCUGUUUUCUAUUGUCGUAAAAGAUAACAAGUGACCCAUACAGCUUGAAUAUACUUUAUUUGUAAAAAUUAGGUAUACAUUGAUGUUCAAAAAUUGUAAACCAUAUAUAAAUAAAAUGCUGAUAAACCAAU